AUUUUUCUUUCGUUUUCCGAUAGUUAUCGGCAGUUUCCGGUUCCACCCGCCUUGUCCACGAGAAUUGGGUCAAAUAGUCUCAACACCACAAAACUAGUAUUAUGCAUACAAUAUAACAAAAUGAUCAUCAAGGCUCUUGGACCAAGAGUAUCCAGUUAUGCCAAUGAACUGCUAGAGGCCCCAGAGGAAGAGGGGGACUUUGACAUCCUCAAUGAUGAGACAUUUGGGGACAUUGAUCAGGAGGACUAUGACUGGGAGCAGCAGACAGAAAAGUUUGCUGAGGUGUUGGGGACCGGCCACAAGCAUGAGAGCCACAACGACUCAGGCUUCAACACUGCGGAGAAGACCUACCGCUCUCAGGAGGAGUACAUGGAGCACAGUAUCAGUCAGCUGAUGGUAGAUGAGGACGAUGGUGACCCAGCCAUUCUCAGGUCCAGACCUAUACCUCGGGUAGGUGCGCGGGUGAAAGUGAAACCUCAGGCCAUCCUUAAGCCUCACGACCUGGACAGCCUGUUUGGCCCCUCGUCCCCUCCCAGCCUGCUGGACGCUGAGCACCUGAUCUCCCCCACCAGCAAGAACAUCUGGGGCUCACCCCACCAGAACCAAGCACCCCAGCCCACUCAUUUCGACAACAUACAGGCCAUAUUUGACUUUGCUAAGUCAGCAAACUCGUCUGAUCACCACCUAAGCCAUCAUGGACCCCACUCGCGGGCCGCCCCAAUGGUUCUCCCCAAGGCUCAAACCCUUGAGGAAAUCGAGAGCUCAAUGCUUCAGAAGCCCCGAGUUCUCACUGCCGAGGAGCUGGAACGUCAGCUGCGCGGGGAGUCUAGCCUGCCACCGUCUGCAUUGUCCUCCGUACAGAAUGGGCAUCGAGUGUCAAUGGCUCAAUACAAUGUGCCUCCACCACCCGUGAUUGGCUCCCCGCAGUCACGAGCCAUGGUUCCGCCCAACCCAAUGCCAGGGGUCAGCCCAGGUGUCCCACACGGUGUUGUGAAUGGUCACAGGUCCCCUGUGUUUGGUGGCCCGUCAGCCAUGCGUAUGUCAAUGCCCCGAGGGAUUGCACCCGGCACCCAGAGCGUGCCCAUAUCGAUGGGGGGCUCCCCCGGCAAGGGUAUGAUUGGAAGUCCCAUGGUUGGCACACCUCCCUACAGGAACUCUUCCACACCUCUCAGUAGGCAGUCACCAGUGUUUCAUUUCACACGGAGGUCUCCGUUGCUUUGUUCCCCAACCUCUCCACCAAUGGGAAUGCUCCCUUGCUCACCCCUGCCAAUACGGGUGCCUGCAAGAUUCCACACCCCGCUGGCAACCCCAAACAAUCACGUUCACUAUAUAGUAACCCCCAGCCAUGGUCUCUCGCAGCCAAUUGGGAUACCACUGGCCAUGCGAGGCCCUCCUCCUGUGGGCAGCCCCUUUUCCAGUCCCCAGGCAGGCUUCGGGUCUCCUCAGGGGCCGGGAGUCAUCCAUCCGAGUCCACAACAGCACAGAAUGGUUUUCCACAGCAGUUUAAAUGAUACAAAUAUGAAUCGAAACAACAGCAAUAAGUAUCAGCAAUCCUCGCCACACAUGAAAGGCCAGUACUUUAACAACAACAACAAGGAGAAGUUUACGGGGCGUGGUGAUCACCCGUCCGGCGGCGGUCAUCGGGAGCACCGCUACUACCGGUACCCGUACAACCAGAAGCACGAGGCCCGCACGGAGCAUUCCCCGGGACUGCAGAAGCGUGACAGCAAGGGCUCAGACCCUUACGACGGACUGAUGACGCAGCGGGACAAGGAGUGGAUCAUCAAAAUACAGCUGCUCCAGCUGCAGACGGACAACCCCCUCGUGGACGACUUCUACUAUACCGCCUGGUGCCUGCGCAAGAAGGCCCGUGAGCAGGGAGUUGACGGGGAAGGUCGUGACCCCAGACUGGUUAUACCCGCGCUGGCUCGCAUGGAGCAUAAGGCUUACAAACCAGCCCAGUUUGAAGGGUCCCUUGGUCGCCUUACAACGUCCAGCGUGCACAAUCCUCGACAGAUCAUAGACCUGCUGGCCAAGAGCAUGUCCGAGCAGGGCGGAGGCAAGAGCAAGUCCAACGUAGGGAAGGAACUGCGCAAGUCCAGGCAGCUCCUCAUGGACAUUGAGAAGGGUUACAACAUUCUUCUGAUCAUUGAGGAUUUGGAGACCAAGAUUCUGGCUUUACCAGAGGACACUGCGUAUGUUUUUUAUGCGAAGCCGUUGCUUGAGGAGAGAUCUAACUAUGUGGACCUGCUGUUCCACUACCUGCUGUGUGACGGCAACUCUGCAGCCUUCAUGCAGUACAUGAACGUCAGGAAGGGCAGAUCACUCACGCGCCGCGCCCUGCCGCUUCUAGAUAAGGUUCAGUCUGUGGGUAUUGUGUCACUGGUCUGCAAGAAUCUUCAGCAGCUCAUGAGGAAGGACCAGGGAGACGAGCAUGUGGAAGAGCUGUUCGAACCAUGCGCAAAGGUGAUAGAGACAUGUAACCUAGCAACCGUUGUCAUGUUUGCGGAGGACAUCCAGCAGGAAGAAUCUCCAUCAACCACCAAGCCUAUCGCCCUGGCUCUACAGAAUAAGUUUGGCAGCUCCAUUCUGUGCACACUGCUACAUCGCGGUGAGAAGAUCUACAGCUCCACUUCUCCUGUGGACCUGGACAGCAGUCUGCAGAAUGAAUGGUGUGAGUUCGUGCAUGACUUUGCAAGCAUCGUAGCAACUAUCCCGUCAGACUCAAUCGCCUCACCCCUUCAGACCCACCCAGACAUCAUGGAGCACCUUGGCAGGCUGCUGAACAAGCGACUCCUCGCCGUGGUGGAAGAUAACCUCGACGUCUUCAUUCAGCCUCGGCAGUCUUGAGAAUGUCACAUCACAGAGAGCGAUUCACGCACUGAAAGUUUUGGCAUUUCCCCUGAUCUGCUUACCCUGAAAGAGAGAGCAAAGGAGAAAUCUUUGUGCAGUCAUUCGCCUUUUACCCAAAUAUGAGAAUGAUGGAAUGGUCCUUAGGAAAUAAUUUUGUUUUCGGUACUCUGUGCAUAAGUAAAGUAGAUAUUUUUGCAGUUGGAGGCUGAUCUGGAUUGUAUUGGUUAAUAUGCAUCUGUUAAUAUUUUCACAAGAAGGUUUAGUGGUAAAAGUUCUUUUCAUUCUGUGAAUAAAGAAAUCUAUAAUCUCUGGGCAUAUAUAUGCAUGAUUACAAUUUGUACAAUUUGAUAAAUUAAUUUUUUAUUUCUCUCAUGUAUUUUUUAUUCAGCAGUUCAUUGAAGCAAUAUUUGGCAUUAUCUUUGUGAUAUGUUAUUACCAGUUAUUAUGAAUUGCCCAAGACUAAUUCAUAUUGUGAUUGAUAUUUUUCAAUGCAGAACUUAUCACAGUCUAGAGGUGAAGGUAUUAACAGAGAAUUUGUGUGUGUUAUAAUGUUUGCUUCCAUAUAUUCAUUUAGUCAAAUGUGUGACAUUUAAACUCUUGUCCUACAGUUAUUUUCAUAGCUUUACUUACAAAUAUUUAUGCUUUUGUUAUUUAAAUAGAAUAUUUUAUUAUCAUCUCCUAGUAUCACACAGAUGUCAUUGUUAUCCCAGGUUUGUGUUUGUCAAUAAAAUGUUAACAGUAAUUGCACAUAUUUACCUAAAAUAAGCAUCACUUAACAAGGGCUUUGUGUCUGAUAGUAUUCACCUUAUCACUGUUUGAUUUUGAUGCCCCCGCUAUGAUAAUGGUUUAAGGACAUUCAGUGUUACCCAUAUCUGUGUGUGUGUAUGUUUGGUGUGGGAUAGUUUGUGUCCAGCUUUUAACUUUGUCAUGCAUUAUGGGAUUUGGAAAUAAAUUGGCAGACAUGAUCAUUAUGUCGAGACAAAGUGUGGCGUUGAAAAAGAAAAAAAAAUGCAGCUGUCUCCGAGGUGAUCGCAGUAAACACUUCUUCAUAUGAGAACAGUGGAAUUAUGUUCAUGCAGGGCCCAUACAUUUGUUAUGCAUUAUUGGAUUUCGAAUAAAUUUGAAAUAAAUUGGUAAAAUUAAUUAUAAUAUCAAGAUUGUGCACAUGCAACAACGUCACUAGCUGGAAGGUUAAAGAUGAGUUGAUUCGUUCAACAAGUAAAGGUUACAGUGGACACUUGAAGAUUGUGUAAAGAUGAUCAUGUGACUGUCAGUUGUAUUUCUCUUUAUUGCAUUGGCACCUUUUCAUCAUUGCAAGACGACGCGAAUGCACCUACUAUGGUGCUCACUUAAAGGUCAAUGUCACAAUUGUUAAAGUCGCUUUAUGUGCAGCAACAGUUAAAUGCUGUGUUAAGUGUUCACACUAGGUCUGUCACACACUUGUUUCAGUGUCCAUGGACAUAAAGCGGGGGCAUUCAUGCAAUUUUGACACAUUUCCAAAUUAUGUUUAGCAAAAUGAUUUUUUCAUACAUUUAUUCGUUAAAGAUACUACUGGUAAUACAUGCGUCAAUACACUUUUCUUUUGGUGUGUUAAAUCUUCUUGUGAGUUGAAACUGGCAGUUUUUUUAACUUAAAUGUGAAGUUCAUAGAUUGUAAACACUUUGGUACAUUUUUAUGGUAAAAUGUCUUAGUGAUUUUUUUAUAUUAUAUUACUACGGGGAUUUUCUUUUUAAGCUAUGAUUUCUGUAUAAUUAAGCAUUUGUAACAUUUACAUUGAUUGUAGUUGUAAAACUGAUGUUUACAUGUAGGUUAUUGUAAUAAAUUGUAUAUAUGCUAAGUUUUUGUAAAAUCUUAUGUUUGUCGUAGAAUUAUUUGAUACCUAAAUUGUUGUCCGACAGCCUGUGGGGCGAAAUUUGUUAGGCCCAAAAGGUGGAAUGUUGUUAAACCUGCAAACACAGGCAAUAUUCAUGUUUACCUUUUCAAUCAUGGUAAUUUUGUACGUUUUUUUUGUGAUAUGUCAAAAGCUUAUUAAAUGAUGACAAAUAAAUCUAUGGCUUCUAGCAUAAUACGGU